GGCAUUCUAGAGUACUGCGAGGGUAUAUUCCGGUCGGCGCUUCCCUGUAAAAUGGAUAUUGACUAUACCGAGGCGAGUUUUUCCAUCAAUCAGGGGCCGCGGGAAAUAUUCUACCACUUACUAUGUAGCCGCCGAGUCAAUCACAAGCCGAGUUCACUCCCCCCUCUAGUCUUCAGGGGUCUCCACCAGGCUAACCCCACGAUAGCGGAAUCCACUAGGGUGGGAUGCCCCUCCUCAUCGUGUUAUGAAGGGAUGUGCGGUUUGCAGGUGGAAUCUCGUUGGAAAUUCGUGCUGUAUAUAAUUCAUCCGGGUUUACCUGUUUUUUGUUUUCAAUUGACUUGUUGAGCUUCUCGGUCUGUUCUUGACUUAUAAGACAAACUGCUUUAGACCUGGCAUAGGCCUUCAAGUUUGCUGUUUAGUUCUAGUAGAAGUUGCUUGACACAAGCCCAAGAUGCCUGAAAUCACCAUCACAGGCUGGUCGACGCGGGACGUGCGGUUUCCCACGUCUUUGGACAAGACGGGAUCUGAUGCCAUGAACGCGGCAGGUGACUACUCGGCGGCAUACUGCAUCUUACAGACGGACUCGGAUUUCUCGGGCCAUGGCAUGACCUUCACCAUCGGCCGUGGUAACGACAUCGUCUGCGCCGCCAUCAACCACCUCGGUGACCGCAUCAAAGGCCGGACCCUCUCGUCCCUAACCUCAAACUGGGGUAAGACAUGGCGGUAUCUAGUUGCCGACUCGCAAUUGCGGUGGAUCGGCCCAGAAAAGGGCGUUAUCCACCUCGCCCUGGGCGCCGUCGUCAACGCCAUCUGGGACCUGUGGGCGAAGGUGCUGGGCAAGCCCGUGUGGCGCAUUGUGGCCGACAUGACGCCCGAGGAGUUUGUGUCGUGCAUCGACUUCCGCUACAUCACCGAUGCUAUCACUCCCGACGAGGCCAUCGCCAUGCUCAAGGAGAGCGAGGGCGGCAAGGCCGACCGUAUCCAGGAUGCACUUAGAAGCCGAGCCGUGCCGGCGUACACGACUAGUGCCGGGUGGUUGGGUUACGGCGAGGACAAGAUGAAGGGGCUGCUGGAGGAAACGCUGAGCGCAGGGUACAAGCACUUCAAGCUGAAAGUCGGGACGAGCCUCGAGGCGGACCGCAAGAGGCUGAGUAUUGCUCGGGAGGUCAUUGGCUACGACAAAGGCAAUGUCCUCAUGGUGGACGCGAACCAGGUCUGGAGCGUGCCCGAGGCCAUCGAGUACAUGAAGAAGCUGGCCGACUUCAAGCCGUGGUUCAUCGAGGAGCCCACGUCGCCCGACGAUAUCCUGGGCCACAAGGCCGUGCGGGAUGCCCUGAAGCCCUACGGUAUCGGGGUUGCCACGGGCGAGAUGUGCCAGAAUCGUGUUAUUUUCAAGCAGCUGCUCAUGUGCGGUGCCAUCGAUGUCUGCCAGAUUGACGCGUGCCGCAUGGGUGGUGUAAAUGAGGUCUUGGCGGUGCUGUUGAUGGCCAAAAAGUACAAUGUGCCCAUCGUGCCACAUUCGGGCGGCGUUGGUCUGCCUGAGUAUACUCAACAUUUGAGCACCAUCGACUAUGUUGUCGUGAGUGGAAAGCUGUCGGUGCUGGAGUAUGUGGACCAUUUACAUGAGCAUUUCUUGCACCCUUCUGUCAUCAAGGAUGGGUACUACCAGACCCCGACCGAGGCGGGGUACAGUGUUGAGAUGAAGGCCGCCAGCAUGGAUCAGUUCUCAUACCCCGGCGAGGAGGGAGUGAGUUGGUGGAAGAGCGAUGAGGCGAAACCCAUUUUGGAGGGCGAAAAGUAUUAAGUGUGCUGUGUCGGUUGACAAUGAUGACCAUCGAAGAAAGGGGGGUCGGAGUGAAAGGUACGUCCGGCCGGAGGGCAACGUUGGCAUCCUCUUAGCACAUCGCCCCGGGAGGAGGUUGUUGCUAUUCUGUAUAAAAUAUUGUAUGGUUCUUGGAUAGAGCUUCGGAAAGGGGUCCGAUCGAAAUUGUCGUGCCGCGGGGAAACGAUGGCAUCCCGUACGGGCAGAGCUGGAAAAGCCUGCCGUCCACUAUUGUACCUUACAUACCACGAUAUCUGAGAAUGCGUAAAAUGGGGGUCUGGUCCGCUUAAACCAGUCCACAGGACAACGAUGGCAUCCUGCACAGAAAUUAGGCUCUCCCAUCAUAUCAUAGAACGAGACCCACGAAGUCCAACUGAAACCUGAAGACCAAGCUGGUGGCGUGUGAGCUUCUUCCAAAAG